ACCCGUCGUAUACGUGUACGAUGAUUCCCCCUUUGUCAAUCUCUUCUACUCCUCCUCUUUAAUCUCUCUCUCUCUCUCUCUCUCUUUAGGGUUAGGGUUUCAUGCCACACGAUUAAACCAUUUAGAGCUCAACGCGAAGCGAGGAGGACGAUGCAGCAACAAGGUUAUGAUAUCAAUCUGCUGAGACAAGAAGCUCACGCGAGGUGGCUGAAGCCUUCUGAAGUGCUUUUCAUCUUGCAGAAUUAUGAGAGUUUCAAGAUCGAUUCCGAGCCCCCUCAAAAGCCACCCAGUGGUUCGCUGUUCCUUUUCAACCGUAGGGUGCUCCGGUUUUUCCGGAAAGAUGGCCAUGCGUGGCGGAGGAAGAAAGAUGGGAGGGCUGUUGGCGAAGCUCAUGAGAAACUUAAGGUUGGGAAUGCUGAUGUCUUGAGUUGCUAUUAUGCUCAUGGAGAGCGAAAUCCAUACUUUCAGAGACGAAGCUAUUGGAUGCUGGAUCCGGCUUAUGAGCACAUUGUUCUUGUUCACUAUAGAGAAGUGGCUGAGGGAAGAUAUACUGGAUCAAUCUCAAACUUGUCACCAGAACCGAACGCAACAGUUGAUCGGACCACCAUCAGUAGCAAUACCCAAUCUCAGGGCCUCACUACGGGAAAUAAUGAGUUCUGUGAACCAUAUCAUAGCUCAUGCAGCUCAAGUCCGGUAGAGGAUGCUAUUUCUAAGGCAGACGAAAGGAAUGAUUCCACAGAUGGAUCGGGAAAAUAUAACAGCUCGACUCGUCAAGCCCUAAAAAAGCUUGCAGAGCAGUUAAGUUUAGAAGAUGAUGAUUACAUUCACCUUGAAAAAAAUCACCCUGAUUACCCUGUCAUGAAUGAGAAUUUACAAUUAUCAUCCAAUGUCGGGGGAUAUGUUCACGAUAGUGGCGCUGGAAAGCAGGUUGGAUAUGCCGAUUUCCAAUCACUUGAUGUUUCAGGGAAUCAUCGAAUGGAACAGACUCUUUAUCUUGGUACUAGCUAUGGUUUUGAAAGAAAAGAAUCACCUUCGUGGAAGGAUAUGCUGGAGUUGAGUUCAAGCUCAGGUGGGAGUGACGAUUAUAGAAGAACAAAUUUCUUGGGCUCCAAUGACACUCCUGAGUUAGAGGCUCCUGCCAAAGAUAUGCUAACAAAUGGAACAAAUACAAUGCUGUUUUCAGCAGAAAGAAAUGAAGGCCCAACAAUUUCAUUUGAAGAAUUAUCGGUAUUGCAAAAUUCAAAAGACACCUCUAAUGGCCAUCAACUUGAUGAGAGUGAAUUGCGGGUCCAACUAUCUGCCUCUAGAAGAUAUCUGCUAGGAUCCAACAACUAUAAUCAGUCACCAUCAUCAAAUUCUCUUCAAGUCCUAACUGAUGAUUUGAUGCUUCAAGGAAACCCCCGCACGAAUUGGAUGGCGAGUAUACCCUUGGCUGUUGAGAACAACACAUACUCUACUGAGAACAACAUAUACUCUACUGAGAACAACAUAUACUCUACCGACUUAAGGUCAUGGUUUGAUCACUAUCAGUUCAAUUCGUCUCUUGGGCUGGAUUCGAGUCUAACACCAGUGCAGAAUCAGCAGUUUAGCAUUUCUGAAAUCUCACCAGAAUGGGCAUAUUGCUCUGAACGGACGAAGGUGAUCAUUGUGGGAAAAUUUCUUUGCGAUCCCUCAGAGUGUUCAUGGGCAGCUAUGUUUGGCGACGUCGAGGUCCCAAUCGAAAUUGUACAAGGGGGUGUCCUUCGUUGCAAAGCUCCUCAACAUAGUGCAGGAAAAGUCACACUAUGUGUCACGUCUGCUAAUAGGGAAUCAUGCAGCGAAUUGCGAGAAUUUGAAUUUCGUGAAAGGCCAACUACUGCUUUUUCCACAGGCACUUCCCCAUCUAUGAACAAUGCAAAAAUUGCUGAAGAACAAUUAUUGCUUGCAAAGUUUGUACAAUUGCUCAUAUCUCAAAAUGAUAGUUCAACUACAGAAUGCUUUGGAAGAUUAAAUGCUUCUGAUGAUCAGUGGCAACAACUGAUUGAUGCUCUCGAAAGUGGGUGUGAGAAUCCAUUAGGCACCGUUGAUUGGAUUAUCGAGGAGCUAUUGAAAGAUAAGCUUUUCAGUUGGCUAUCAUCAAAAAGCGUACUAUCUAAGCAAGAACAAGGGAUUAUACAUUUGAUUUCUGGUCUGGGAUAUGAAUGGGCCCUAAAUCCAAUAAUUAAUGCGGGUGUCGGCAUAAAUUUUCGUGAUGCAAAUGGAUGGACCCCUCUUCAUUGGGCUGCACAUUUUGGAAGGGAAAAUAUGGUUGCUGCACUUCUUGCAGCUGGCGCAUCAGCUGGUUUAGUUACAGACCCCACUCCACAAGAUCCAGUCGGCAAAACUCCUGGUUUUAUAGCGUCUGCAAGAGGCCACAAAGGUCUCGCUGGCUAUCUUUCUGAAAUUGCCCUCACCAGCCAUCUCUUCUCCCUUACAAUACAAGAAUGUGAGAUUUCUAAAGUUUCUGCUGAAGUAGAAGCUGAUAUGGCCGUAGAAAGCAUAUCGCAAAGGAGUGCACAAUUACGUGGAGGUUCCGAAGAUGAGCUUACCAUAAGGGAUUCUUUGGCAGCUGUUAGAAACGCGACUCAAGCUGCAGCUCGCAUUCAAGCGGCUUUUCGAGCUCAUUCUUUCAGGAAGAAGCAGGAAAAAGCUGGUCAAUUCAUAGAUGAUUAUGGAAUGACUCAAGAAGAAGUUUUGGCUGCAGCUAAGUUGCAUAGGUCUCAGAAGUUUGAGAGAGCGGCUCUUUCUAUUCAGAAGAAUUAUCGGGGUUGGAAAGGACGCAAAGAUUUUCUUACUCUUCGCAAACAUGUUGUGAAGAUACAGGCCCAUGUAAGAGGCCAUCAGGUGAGAAAGAAAUACAGAGAGAUACUUCGGGCUGUAAGUGUCAUAGAGAAGAUCGUACUGAGGUGGCGAAGGAGAGGGAGCGGUCUACGUGGGUUUCGAAAUGAACCCGAACCGGAAAUGGUUGAAGUGGAGGAGGAUGAGGAGGAGGAAGAUGUAGCCAAGGUUUUCCGGAAGCAAAAAGUGGAUGAAGCUCUCGAAGAAGCCGUUUCUCGGGUGCUUUCUAUGGUAGACUCCCCCAAAGCUAGGCAGCAGUACUGCCGCGUGCUCGGAAGAUAUCACCAAGCUAAGGCUGAUUCGAGCACGCCGGAUGAAGCAACAUCAAGACUCCGUGAUGACUUUACUAUCAUAGAAGAUGAUGACUUCAUGUACUCAUCGUAAGUUUAAGGAAAGGCCUGGGUUCUAAUUUACCAACUAAUAGUAACUUAAUAAGACUUAAUACUCAUGCUUGUUAAAUGAUUUUCUAGCGCUCGCCGUCCUGUGAAGUGUAACUAAGGUGCUUGUAAAUAAAUGUCGUAUAUCAUGAUUUCCUGUAAAUUAUUUCUUUCUCAUGAUGUAAAUAUAUAUAUAUAUGAGUUGAUCAAAUAGCAUGUGGUCUAGAGUUAAAA